CAGUGGUGAUGGUGAAUAGGGCUGAUAUGGCGGCGAUGCUCCCAACACCGUAAUUCAGCUGCUGAUCGAUUGUCGGUGAAUUGUCUGGACGGGUCUGCAUGCAAAUGCCGAUUAUCCCCGCAGCAACUGUCAUACUCGAGUGCGGACUAUUGCAUCGCGCAUACAUAGUUCGUCGUAUUCAAACUCCAACUCCAUUGAUGCUGCUUACCUCAGUGGCCGAGGGGCUGAACCUUCACCCCAAACACCAAUCGGCCGUCUACUUAACCUCGGUGUUAAGCCCUUCCCCUGCGCUUCUCCUCACCAGGCUCGGACUUGACCCCGAUGUCUGCACUUUAAGUACCUGGCCCUUAUCAAUCUGCGAUCCCUUCUUCCCCACACUUUUCUCGUUCCUCUCAAUCCAGUCUUCUCUACAUUACCAUUGCGAACCGGACUGCGACGAUGUGAGUUGCUCUACCCACCAAUCGGCCUGGUGCAUGUUCAAUUCCCCAUGUCUGACUGACAACAUCCAAUCCAGGGUCUACACUGCGUCAUUCGCCUUUUUCGAGGCCCUAUGGGAGGUGAGAUGGAAGAGGAUGAUCCUUCUCGCUCACAGCUGACCCGGUAGGCCGGGGUCACCCAUGUCUUUGUCAACCUGGGGUCCGACCACCCCUCCAUCCUCGAGGCUAUAGUCAAGGGCCAGAAGGAAAAGCCCAAUGA